AUGAAGAACAAGAUUUUUGUAUGACUCUCUAUGUUUUGCUGCAAUAAUAAUGAAAAAGAAGCCGAAGAAAACAUUACAUCAAACAACAAUCAUUCUAUCAACGAAGCUGGAGUAAAUUCUGGGAAUCCUUUAAAGGAAAUAAGUGAAUUUGAGUCACACAACUCAUCAAAUGUAAAGGUAAAAACUCCAAAUAUAUCAGAAAUAAUAAAUCUAGCUCCACCUGACGCAAAAUGUUCAGAUAAAGGAAGCCCAAACUCAGGCUUAGUCUUAGUUAAAUUCCUUUUCUUCCGCCUUUUGGACGCCUCGCUUGCUUUCCUUGCCCUGCUCCCAGUGUGCACCUAAGUGCCACAGGCUACCACUCAGCUCCUUCCGGUCAUGGGGCUUGGUCAUGCUAUCCCGGAAGUAGGCGAACUGGGUCAUCGUGCUUCACGUCGCCAGACUAGGGUUAGAGCUAAGGAUUAACUCCUUAGCUCUUGUCGGCUCCUGCCAUGCCCUCCAAAUUGGCACUAGCGGUCCCUAGAGGAAAAACCCUUUUUGCCCCGUGUCCUAUCGGGACGACCCUAGGAUCGUCGUUGCUGGACUGGGAGGGAAACCUAGCCGCACACAAACGACCAGUACCCAUUCCAGACCUUUCCCUGGGCGGAUUGGCUUCAGGCCGCAGCAAGGUCCCCAAUCUCGCCACAGUUCCGGGAGAGGACGGGUCGGUGUCGUCGCCAUUUUAUUUGUGUAGCCCAAAAUCAGGAGAGGAAACCAAAAAAGCUUAUUUUUUCAGAAGUCCAACGUUUGGAAAACCCUCUUUUUCUGACCUUUGUCAGCAGUAUGUUGACAAAGAAGAAAGCACUGGCGGAACCAAAAUUAAAAUUGAAGGAAAAUCAGAGAAAAAGAGAAGAAGAAAGCGUAAAGAAGUGAGUAAGAAAAAUUCAAAGGACUCAAAGGAUUAA